ACCCAUGAACUGAAGCUUCCGGUCAUAGAUCUCUCCUCGUCGGACCGCCUUUCCACCGCCGAUUCCAUCCGUCAGGCAUGUAUGGAACAUGGUUUCUUUUAUGUCGUGAAUCAUGGGGUAGAGGAAGAAUUGCUCAACUGAGUUUUCCUAGAGAGUAAGAAGUUUUUCUUACUUCCCCUUGAAGAGAAGAUGAAAGUGGUCCGCAAGGAGCACAGAGGGUACACACCCUUGUAUGCUGAGAAUCUGGACCCCUCUUCCAGUAACAAAGGUGACUCAAAAGAGAGUUUCUAUGUUGGUCCACUAGCCUUUGAGGAUCACCUAAAUCAAUGGCCUUCGGAAGGAAACUACAGAAAUUUUGCCGUCUUGGAGAUCUACCAUGGAAUCCUACCAUGAAAAAGUGCUGUCUGCUGGUACCAAAUUAAUCUCUUUACUUGCCCUGGCUUUGAGAUUGGAUGAGGAUUUCUUUGAAAAAGUGGGAGCCUUGGAUGCACCAAUGGGAUUUCUUCGCCUGUUACACUAUCCAGGGGAGUUGGAGCCUUCUGGCAAAGAAAUAUAUGGUGCUUCUGCCCAUUCAGAUUAUGGAAUGAUAACUCUUUUGGCAACUGAUGGUGUUCAAGGGCUUCAGGUUUGCAGGGAGAAAUCCAAGCAACCACAGGUUUGGGAGGAUGUGCCAAGUUUACAUGGGUCAGUACAUGAUGGCAUAUAUCUUGUGCAAAGUAUAGCUAGUUUGAGAAUUGACUCCUAAACAAAUCCAGUCACCCACACUUCCUUUUACCAGCAAAGGAAAAAUGGAAAAGAAAUUCUGUCCCUGUAUUUGAUUUGCAUUGACUUUGAUGGCCAAAUAAGUAAGACUGAUAAUCUUGUAAUGUGGGGUAGAAUCUGUGUAUUCGCCUUCAUCCUUGGUUGCAGUUGUGAUUUUUGUAGAUUUCUCUAGCUGAUCCAGCCUUCUGACUUUGAAUAUCAAUCUGCAGGGCAUUCAUUGUUAACAUUGGGGAUAUGAUGGAAAGGUGGACUAAUUGUUUGUUUAGGUCAACGCUACACAGAGUGAUGCCAACAGGACAAGAACGCUACUCUGUGGCAUUCUUCUUAGAUCCCAACCGAGACUGUUUGGUGGAAUGCCUGGCAAGUUGUUGCAGCGAGUCUUCGCCCCCAAGGGACAUGAUCAAGCCGAUGGUUACGCCUCUGAGGAUUUUGUUCCGGGGUCGUCUUCUGGCC